GGAGCCUCCAGAGGGUCAGAGCCACCGCCGGCCACCCGGGCGCUAGCUCUGCUCACCCGGUCUGCCUCCCCUGCCCCGGCGGACCAUGCGCUGCCGCCCCCCGCCCGCGGAGCAGCGCGCCUGCCCUGCCGGGCUCUAAGCCCUUCGCCCCGGCCCAGCCAUGGGCAGCGCCCGGUCUCGCCCCCGGCUCCGGCCCCGACCCCGGGCCCGGCCUCGGCCGGCUCUCUGCGCGCUCCUGCUGCUCCUGCUCCUGUUGGCCGCAGCCGUGCCCAGGUCAGAACCAAAUGACAUUCUGGGCCUUCGACUGCCACCAGAGCCUGUGCUGAAUGCCAACACGGUGUGCCUGACACUGCCAGGGCUGAGCCGACGCCAACUGGAAGUUUGCGUGCGCCACCCGGAUGUGGCAGCCUCCGCCAUCCAGGGCAUCCAGAUUGCCAUACAUGAGUGCCAGCAUCAGUUUCGGGACCAGCGCUGGAAUUGCUCCAGCCUGGAGACCCGAAACAAGAUCCCUUAUGAGAGUCCCAUCUUCAGCAGAGGCUUCCGAGAGAGUGCCUUUGCCUACGCCAUUGCAGCAGCUGGUGUGGUCCAUGCCGUCUCCAAUGCCUGUGCCCUGGGGAAGCUUAGGGCCUGCGGCUGUGAUGAGGCUCGACGGGGGGAUGAGGAGGCCUUCAGGCAGAAGCUGCACCGACUCCAGCUGGAUGCUUUGCAGAGGGGCAAGGGCAUGAGCCAUGGGGUCCCGGAGCAUCCCGCCUUGCCCCCUGCUGCCCCUGGACUCCAGGAUGCCUGGGAGUGGGGGGGCUGCAGCCCAGAUGUCGGCUUUGGAGAGAGGUUCUCCAGGGACUUCUUGGACUCCAGGGAGCCACACAGGGAUAUUCACGCCAGAAUGCGGCUGCAUAAUAACCGUGUUGGGAGGCAGGCAGUCAUGGAGAAUAUGCGGCGGAAGUGUAAAUGCCAUGGCACGUCGGGCAGCUGUCAGCUGAAGACCUGCUGGCAGGUGACCCCCGAGUUCCGGGCGGUGGGCUCCCUUCUGCGAGCCCGCUUUCAGCGCGCCACCCUGAUCCGGCCCCACAACCGCAAUGGUGGCCAACUGGAGCUGGGCGCGGCCGGGGGCCCCCUCCCCUCCCCGGGCUCUCCCCCAGCUCGCCGCCGAGCCAGUCCCACAGACCUGGUUUACUUCGAGAAGUCCCCGGAUUUCUGUGAGCGGGAGCCCCGGCUGGACUCGGCGGGCACAGCCGGGAGGUUGUGCAACAAGAGCAGCGUGGGGCCGGACAGCUGCGGAAGCCUCUGCUGCGGGAGGGGCCACAACAUCCUGCGGCAGUCGCGCAGCGAGCGCUGCCACUGUCGCUUCCACUGGUGCUGCUUUGUAGUCUGCGAGGAGUGCCGGAUCACCGAGUGGGUCAGUGUCUGCAAGUGACCUCCGCCGGCAGGGUCUCCGAGGGCAUCGCACAGACGUGGAGGUGGGAUGCAAAGAUCUGGGGCCCCGGCACAACCCUCUCUGCAGUCUUGGCCAAGUCACUCACUCUGGGGGGCUCCAUGGGCUCUCAGGUGGCCUCCAGCCUUUGCUUUUUGGAAGACUUCGCAGGCCGCCCAGAAGUUCCCACCCCCCAACUUUGUCACCUAGGGAUCUGGGCACUGGACUCUCACCCUCUGCCAACCCCCAUUCCUUCUUCCUAAACAGCCCUGCUGAUAAAGGGAUCUGAAAAAGGAGUGAUGGGGUAUGCUGAGAUAUGGGGAGGUGCAGAAAUCACUGGGCUCUCCCUACUCUCUUUCCCUCAAAUCGUCCCUCCCCAGAAAAACGCUGAUUCUGUUGAGUGGAAUGAAGGGUUUAUUAAAAAGAAGACAGAGAGACAAUUGGGCAAUAGCGAUUCCAUAAAGGGAUCGGGUACUCCCUUCCUUGCAUUGCACUUCU